GUGACUUCCCUGAAUCACAAAUAUUUCCGAAGUCAUUUGGAGGAUUCUCUGUCACUCGGCCGUCCACUUCUGAUUGAGGAUAUAGAGGAAGAACUAGAUCCAGCUCUGGACAAUGUUUUGGAAAAGAAUUUUAUUAAAUCUGGCUCAACAUACAAGGUCAAAGUUGGUGACAAGGAGUGUGACAUAAUGAAAGGAUUUUAUUUGUACAUGACGACAAAGUUAGCAAAUCCAGCCUAUACUCCAGAAGUGAGUGCUAGGACAUCAAUUAUAGACUUUACCGUCACAAUGAAAGGAUUGGAGGAUCAACUUUUGGGGCUUGUUAUUUUAAAAGAAAAGAAUGAACUGGAAGCUGACAGAGCAAAACUGAUGCUAGAUGUGAAUUCAAACAAGAGGAAAAUGCAAGAAUUGGAGGAUAACUUGUUAUACAAAUUGACAAGUACAAAGGGAUCCCUAGUAGAUGAUGAAUCCCUCAUUGAAGUGUUGUCAGUAACAAAAGUUACCGCUGCAGAAGUCAGUGAGAAGUUAACUGUGGCAGCUGAAACAGAAAUCAAGAUUAAUGAAGCUCGAGAAGAAUUUAGACCAGUUGCAACAAGAGGCAGUAUACUCUACUUUCUGAUUUGUGAUAUGAGUGUGGUGAACAGAAUGUAUCAGACUUCAUUAAAGCAGUUCUUGGGACUGUUUGAUAUAUCAAUGUCAAGAUCAGACAAGAGUCCAGUAACAGCAAAAAGAAUUGGAAACAUCAUAGAGUAUCUAACAUUUGAGGUUUUUAGAUACACAUGUAGAGGUCUUUAUGAAUCACACAAAUUUUUGUUCACCUUGCUUAUGACUCUGAAGAUCGACAUGCAAACAGGAAAGGUGAAACCAGAAGAAUUCCAAACAUUUAUCAAAGGUGGUGCUGCACUUGACUUGAAUGCUGUUAUGCCAAAACCUUCAAAGUGGAUUUCUGAUAUGACCUGGUUAAACUUGGUGCAACUUAGUGGACUACCACAGUUUUCUGAAAUUCUCAAUCAGGUGUCCAGAAAUGAGAAGGCCUGGAAGAGUUGGUUUGAUACUGAUGCCCCGGAGGAGGAGCACAUUCCUGAUGGUUAUCAUACAUCAUUAGAUGCAUAUAGGAGACUUCUGUUAAUCAGAUCUUGGUGUCCAGACCGAGCUAUUCCACAGGCCAGGAAGUACAUAGCAGACUCCAUGGGUCCAAGAUAUGCGGAAUCAGUCAUCCUUAACUUGACACAGACCUGGGAGGAGAGUGACAUCAGAACACCCCUUAUAUGUCUUCUGUCAAUGGGAUCUGACCCCACCAAUCAAAUCGAGUCACUGUCAAAGAAAGUUCAUCUAGAUUUUAGGGCUAUUUCUAUGGGUCAGGGUCAGGAGGUUCAUGCUAGAAAAUUAAUUGCUCAGUUCAUGCAUACCGGUGGAUGGGCAUUAUUACAGAACUGUCAUUUAGGUCUGGAUUACAUGAAUGAACUGUUAGAUACAGUAACCGAUACACCACAAGUCAAUGAUGCGUUCCGGGUGUGGAUAACAACUGAAGAACAUGCUGGAUUUCCAAUCAGUCUUCUACAGACAUCCAUUAAAUUCACAAAUGAACCACCCCAAGGAAUCAAGGCAGGAUUGAAGAGAACUUAUGCUGGAAUUACUCAAGACUUUCUUGAUGUUAGCAACAUGGUUCAGUGGAGACCUAUGCUCUUUGCAGUGUCCUUUCUCCACACAGUCGUUCAGGAAAGAAGAAAGUUUGGCCCUCUAGGUUGGAAUAUUCCGUAUGAGUUUAACUCUUCAGACUGGACAGCCAGUGUACAGUUUGUACAGAAUCAUCUGGAUGAUCUGGAUGUCAAAAGGGGAAUAUCUUGGACAACAGUUCGCUACAUGCUUGGUGAAGUGCAGUAUGGAGGGAGAGUUACAGAUGAUUAUGACAAGAGACUUCUUAAUACAUUCGCAAGAGUAUGGUUUGGAGAUUUCAUGUUCCAGCCAAACUUCCAAUUUUAUACUGGAUACAAAAUACCAAACAUGAAACUUCUUAGUGAUAUCAUGAACUUCAUAGCAAAUUUGCCACUAGUGGAUUCUCCAGAAGCUUUUGGGUUGCAUCCAAAUGCUGAUAUCACAUAUCAAACAAACUUAUCCAAAGAUGUUCUUGAUACAAUCAUGAGCAUUCAGCCUAAAGACAGUGGAGGGGGAGGAGGGGAGACCAGAGAGAGUGUUGUCUAUAAACUCUCUACCGACAUGUUGUCCAAACUUCCUGUGGAUUACCUUCCUCAUGAGGUUAAAGACAGACUGAAAAAGUAUGGAAACCUGCAUCCUCUUAAUAUAUUCUUAAAGCAAGAAAUAGAUAGGAUGCAACGUGUGAUUUCCACAGUCCGUGUCACCCUAACAGAUUUAAAGUUAGCCAUUGAUGGUACAAUCAUUAUGUCUGAGAAUCUUCGAGAUGCCCUUGACAACAUGUUUGAUGCAAAAGUCCCCAGUUUAUGGAGAAAAAUAUCUUGGCAGUCAUCAACAUUAGGAUUUUGGUUCACAGAACUUUUGGAAAGAAAUGACCAGUUUUCUACUUGGGUUUUUGUUGGAAGACCAGAUUCUUUCUGGAUGACAGGAUUUUUCAACCCACAAGGAUUUUUGACUGCAAUGAGACAAGAGGUUACAAGAGCACACAAAGGUUGGGCUCUUGAUUCUGUGACUUUACACAAUGAGGUUAUCAAGGCAGUGAAGGAAGACAUAACUGCUCCACCAGUGGAGGGUGUGUAUGUGUAUGGACUUUACCUAGAUGGUGCUGGUUGGGACAAGAGAAACUGUCGCCUUUGUGAGCCCCCACCCAAAGUUCUCUUCACACCAAUGCCUGUAGUUCACAUGUAUGCUAUCAAUUCCACAGCUCCCAAAGACCCUAGGUUAUACCAGUGUCCUGUCUACAAAAAGCCAAACCGCACAGAUCUCACCUACAUUACUUUCAUUGUAUUAAAGACAAAUCAAAGUCCUGAUCACUGGAUUUUAAGGGGUGUAGCAGCUCUGUGUGACAUCAAGUAAAUCUAGGAUGAAUUCAGGAACGGUUACCUCAUACAUGUAGAUGUUUUUAUUGAUAACAAGUUUAUUUUUGUUUAGACUCUCUAUAAAUUUAUAGGUAAUACACUGUUUGACAUUUAAUAUUUAAUAACUUAUAAUAUUUAUCUGUUGAAUUGGUUUAUUAUAAUAUUACUUAUUUUUCAUAUAACAAUUUAAAAAUAUAAUGAAAAUAAAUUGCUGAAGUGUUAA